AUGUGUCCCCGGGCCCUGUCGGUGCGUGUGCUGCGGCUGGGCGCGGUGCCGUACGCGGAGGCGCUGCGGGUGCAGGAGCGCUGCGUGGCGGCGCUGCGGGCGGCGCGGCGGGGCCCGGGGCAGCCGCUGCCGGUGCCGGUGCCGGUGGCGGCGGCGGCGGAGAGCGUGGUGCUGAGCGAGCCGCUGCAGCCCGUGUACACCUGGGGCCUGCGGGGCGCGCCGGGCGCGGCGGCGGCGGCGGCGCUGCGGGCGCGGGGCGCGGCGCUGGUGGCGGCGCGGCGCGGCGGGCACAUCACCUUCCACGGGCCGGGACAGCUGCUCGCCUUCCCCGUGCUCGACCUGCGCCGCCGCCGCCUGCCCCUGCGCGCCUACGUGGCCGGGCUGGAGGCGCUGGUGCUGCGGCUGUGCCGCCGCCUCGGGCUGGGCGCGGCCCGGGCGCUGCCGCCGCCCUACACCGGGGUCUGGAUGGGCGACAGCAAACUCUGCGCCAUCGGUGUGCACUGCGGGAGCCACAUCACCUCGCACGGGCUGGCGCUCAACUGCUGCACCGACCUCUCGUGGUUCGAGCACAUCGUGCCCUGCGGCCUGGAGGGCAAGGGCGUCACCUCGCUCAGCCGCGAGCUGGGACACCACGUCGCCGUCAGCCAGGUCCUCCAGCCCUUCCUCGACUCCUUCCAGGAGGUGUUCGAGUGCACUUUGGUCUCCUCAGAGGACCCCGGGGACUAGGAUCGCUGUGCUGCCUCGGCCGGGUGUGCUGGCCCCAGGGCAGCCUAGGGUCUCUGUUGU